UAUAUAUGGAGAGUGAGAAAGAUAUCGAAGAAAGAAACCUGUUAUAAAAUCCAAGGACGAUAUCGUCUCUCGGUUAAUGCUUUACCAAACUCACCAUCCUUUUAUCCUCCCUGCAACCACCUCCUUUGUUUCUUCUUCCUCUUCUCAUCUUCAGCUUCAGACUCAAAUGGAUAGCGUUGAGGGUGCUCUGAAAACCAGUGUCAGGAAGGAGAUGGCUUUCAAAUUCAGCCCACAGCCCUUUUUCGAUGAUUUAUGGGCACUCAAUGCUCAAAACUGCGCGUCUUCUGAUGAUUCUAUCGUGGACGAGCUUUUGGACUUCUCUAAUGAAGCUGGGUUCGUCGAGGAAGAAGGCGGAGAAGGAAAAGCUUCCGCUGUCUCCGCUUCUCCUAAAGAAACGGCCUUUGAAGAUGAUAAAAUCAGUGAGCAAAGCUCAAUUUUAUCUGUACAAGAAGAUUUUGGGUCUGUUCCGGCCAGCGAGCUUGGUGUUCCGCAGGAGGAUUUGGCAAGUCUUGAAUGGUUAUCGCAUUUCGUGGAGGAUUCCAACUCAGAAUACUCCACACCGUUCCCGGCCGGAAUUUCAUCUGAGAAGCCUACCAAAGACAGCGCUUCGGAACUCCAAAAGCCAGUUUUAACAGAGCCUUGUUUUAAGACUCCGGUGCCGGCCAAGGCCAGGAGUAAGCGGGCAAGAAACUGCAUGAGAGUUUGGCCUCUUGGGUCACCUUCGUUGACAGAAUCAUCUUCAAGUAGUAGCUCUUCAUCCUCUGUUUCUUACCCUUCAAGCACUUGCCUAGUCUUAACCACUACUGCUGUGAACCAUGAACCGACAGAACCAGUUUGUUUCGAAGGACCGCCUGCUAAAAAGCAGAAGAAAAGAGCGGCCGGUGAGCUGCGCAGUAGAGUGAGCAGCGGGUCUCAGCCUCCUAGACGGUGCAGCCAUUGCGGUGUUCAAAAGACUCCACAAUGGCGAACCGGUCCACUGGGAGCUAAGACUCUUUGCAACGCCUGUGGAGUCCGAUACAAGUCGGGCCGCCUCCUGCCUGAAUAUAGGCCGGCUUGUAGCCCGACAUUCUCCGGCGAACUGCAUUCCAACCACCACCGAAAAGUGCUGGAGAUGCGGAAGAAAAAGGAGCUGUUGGGUCAAUCGGAACCCGAUUCGGCUCCUCCAAUUGUACCCAGUUUUUGAUAAAUGAGUUUAAUUACAGAGCCAAAUCAGCGUGAGUAGGGGGAGGAUAGGUCGAACCGUAGACAUCAAACCGGUUCAUUUAGGUUCAAAGCUUAAUGUGCAUUUCCCCCUCUUGGUGGGUGGGGUAGGUUUGCUUAGUCAUGUAGUCUUUAAAUUAGGAAGCCUUUAACAUUGUGAUUUUUUAGCAUAAUUUUUAGUCUUUUUUUUUUUUUUUUGUUAAAGAUUGAUUAAGCAAAAUUUUAAUGUUAGAUUUAAGUCAGAGUUCUGGCCC